AUGGUCUUCAAAAAGGAGUCCUGGAGUCUCUGGAGGCAAAUUGUGAUCACGAUUAUGUGGAGUACUUCCAGAAGACUAAUAAAUGUCGUCAAAAAAGGCAACAUAGAGAUAGUUUUGGAGUCGCUGGAGACGAAUUGUGAUCACGAUUAUGUGGAGUACUUUAAAAGGGUGUCGAACUCGAGCCUGCUCUAUACGUUUCGAGUGGUAAAAUUGGCCCCUACUUUCACCAUCGAUAUAACAAUGAAAGUGGCUAAAACACGGAGAAUAUUGUACAAAAUGGAGCAAAUUAAGGGUUGUGAAUUUCUGAACAAUCCUGUCCUGUUUAAGGUGCUAAGCAAAACUUACGAGGGGCUGGUGGUAAAUGGCAGUUACUUUAAGUGUCCCAUCAAGCCGAAGGUUUACUUCCUGAAGCACGAGGGCACGAUCGCCUUGUUUCCCAGCAUCCAUCCACCUGGUCGCUUUCAGCUGUCGGUGCGGAUAAAAAUGUCCGAAAGUCGUAGACCGUUCGUUAUGGAAAUGUUGUGGAAGUAUAAAGUUUUGCGCAUCAAAUAA